AUGUCGGCGACCACGGCCUCUGCCAGUCAGCCCUCGUCGCAGCAACCUCCGCCGCCACCGCCCACUGCUGAGGUCGUCCUCCGCCUCGCCUCCCGCGACCCCUCCGCCGCGGUGCCCCUCCUCCCGGAGCUCCCGCCCGACGACCUCGCCGACAUCCUCGCCUCGCUCACCGCCGCCUCCCCCGCGGGCCACCUCGCCCUUCUCCCGGCGAUCCUCGCGCUCUCGCCCUCCCCUUCCGCCGCCUCCACCGCGUUCGCCGCCCUCCUCUCCGCGCCCAGCUGGCCCUCCUCCACGCUCAUCGCCGUCGCCGCACUCCUCCGCGACCUCCCGUCGGCCUACCGCACCCGCAUCCCCGCCUUCCUCGGGAAGAUAAUCUCCCUCCUCCCAAGUGCGGAUGCCCAGGACCUCCCGGACCCCGCGCUGGCGAGGGAGGUCCUGGCCGCCGUCAAGGCUGACGCCGCGGGCGCUCUCAGUGGAUUCGCGGUGGCAGUGAUGCUGUUCGUGGCCAGGGUGCGGAGGUUCAACGAGGGUGCCGUGAGUAUGCUCCGGGAUGCGGCCGUGGUGUCCCGCAGAGAUUACCGAAUGUCAAGGCGGUGCAAAUGGUUGCCGGAUUGUAUGGAAGAGGAAUAUGCACGGGCCACUCAAUGUGUCGAGAAGGGACUACUGAAAUCUGUCGACGAGAGCAUUGUUGGGAGGGAGCAUGUUGUGCCAAGCAUUGUUCAGGUGGGUUUUCUCCUGUUAGAAGUCUCAGAUGGUGAUCAAGGGGAGGAAGGUGGCUUAGGUGAAGGAGUAAUGAGCACCGAAGAAAUAGGCAUUAAUAUGCUCAAGUCAUUGUUUGAGAUCCAUGAAAUGGCACGAACUGAGAUAAUUGAACAGUGCAAGUUCCGGAUUCUCUCGGCAAAGCCUCAGCAAAGUGCACCAGUUCUCAGGUUGCUUGGAUGCUUGAUUUUGAGUCAACCAUUUCCAAUGCUGGAAUUCAUUGCACAUUUGAAGGAGUUGCUGGAUUAUUUUUCUUUUAUGAAUGACAAGAUAUCAACUGGUUUGAUCAGUUGCGUCUUGCCACUCACAAAGUUCAGCCUUGAUCUGAAGGCCAGUGUCAAAGAGAUCUUGUAUGAGGGUCUUAUACGUAUUGUUACCUCUGAUCCAGCUGUUUCUGACAAUGUCCUUGAUUUCCUCUGGCCUCACUUCCAAAACUAUUACUCAGAGGAUGCAGAAGGCCCUCUUAAAAUUGGUUCAUGCUUCAAAGUAGAGCAUGCCAAACUAUGCAUUGUGGAACCUUUAGAUUGUCUGCUGUCAUGUAUCUCAAGAAUUCUGCAAAUUAAGCAACAUAGUAAAUGUGAACGGCCACGUGAUGCAUAUUGGAAGUGCUUUGGUUUUGCUGCUUCACAAGAUAAUGAGGUUGGACAAGCAUCAUCAAGUGAUUUAUUCGUGAAAGCUCUAUCAAGCAUCCAAAAGUAUUUGAGGAUAUCCCUCACAGACCAGAGAGGACAAAGCCAAGAAGCUGGUUCUCUUUCUUCACUAUCGGAGGUUGCUCACUGUCAUAACUUUGCUAUGCUUGGAAUCAUUGAGGUUUUUGUUGAUUUUGCUGCUUCAAAACUGGAGAAAGCCUCUGAUGAAUCGAAGGAAAUGAUAGAAAAAGAAAUACUGGAGCUUGUUAAUGUGCACAGUGGCUUUGAGAAAAAAAUGAGCAAUGGUAGGGAAAGGAUAGCACGGAGAAGAGCGAAUGCUGGUGAUGCUACAGAUAAGCACACCAAUGAACCCAGGGAGAAUUCUAAUGCUUCAUUGCAGAAACUUCAUGGAAAGAGGGGUAAAUUUGCCGACUCGAGUUUGUAUGAACUUUCGGUAAUGUGUGUCAAGCAGUGCCAUGCUGAUAACUACAACAACGUUAGUCAGCAUCCUAGCCAAACUACAUUGAACCAGUGCUCCAAUCUGACAUCUUUUGUACUGAAAGCCUUUCUUGAAUUGUCGAAAUCACUUGCAUCAAAGGACAGUAGGGGCUUCAGAAUAAAGCUGCAUGAAGAUUUUAAAAAGUUAUGCCAGCCAAUAAUGCAGCUUGUAUGGUGUUUUCUGUUAGAUCCAAUUCAAGAAAAUGGUGGAAGCAAGAGGAACAUGACCCAAGGAAAGAAAAACAUUGAGUGCAAAAAGGAUCAGUUAUAUUUGGCUCUGACAUGCCUAAAAAAAUUCCUUGAGCCAAGUGUUUCAGGAGAUCACUCUAGUGAUGUCAUUGAUUUUCUAAUAUCUUUGGCUCCGCCAAAUAUAGAGGAUAUGAUGGAUGCUGUGGAUCUUGACAAUAAUGAUACCACUAUGGUUGAAGAUCGAAGCACAAGAAAUGUCCAUAUGCUUUUGAACAUAUUGAAGACGUUAUAUGCUAGACUUCUUACCCAAUCACUUUUACGUGAAUCUGAGGCUGUAACUGAAUUGAUUUUGGUCAUUUCAAGAAAAGUGCAUCUUGAACAAAGGCAUCUUAUCGGAAAAUGGGCUACAGAUCUAUGCAGAAAGAAAACCACGCAAAGUCCUAGUAUCGCACGAGAGAUGGUAAAGCUAGCUAUACAUCUUACACCAACUCCAGAUGACAUGAUUCUUGUUUGUGACGUGUCUGCUGAGUUGAUGAAAUUAAUGACCUCUGGAGAUGACGGAGAUUCUUCUGAUACAUUUCAUAUAAUUAACUGUAAAACGAAGAGCUCACUUGCUGCUGUCUCACUUCAAAUGGUUGAGUCAUCUCUUACUGAAUUGGAUUGGGGUCUUGGAAAGCUUAAAGCAAUGCUUACAUUAGGUUAUGAUUCUGCUAACAUUGAUGAAGAUCAACCAGCAGAUGAAAUAAUGCUAAGGUUGGCUUUGGAGAAAGCACUCUACUCGAGAUCAACAUCAGUAGUUCAAGUCCUCUCUUCCUUUGCACAUAUGAGCCUUAAGGAUACUCAAGCAGAACACUUUCUGAAAUUGACUGCCAAGUUCUACAAGCUGUUAACUCGCAUGUCAAAGUCCCAGAUUGCACCUAAAGGCUACACACAAUCCAUUCCAAGCCUCAAGUUUCAGAAACUGGCUGAAGUAACUUGCAAGAUGCUCACCGCUCCCCUUUAUGACUUUGUGUCUCAACAGAAUCAGCAAAUACCCAGAAAGGGGAACAUCGCUAAAAUUAGAAGAGAAACCAAAUGUAUCCCUGAUCUAAUUUAUCAGAUUGAGGAUUAUGAGAAGUAUCUAAUACAACUAAGCAAACUCACUAAGGUAAACCUUUUGAGACAUGCCAAGCGCAGUGUAGCACGAGACUUCCAGAUAAAAGAUAAAUCUGGGGAACAACAGGAAGAGGAUCCCACUCCAGACAAUGCUGCAGCAUCUGAUAAUGAGGCUAACAAGGACGCAGGGGGUCCAAACACUCCAGUUGAAUCAUAUGCUGACGAAAAUGCAUCAUCUGAAAGUGAGCAUGAUGCGGAUGCAGGAGGUCCAAACACUCCGGUUGAAGCAGAUGCUGAUGAAACCAUUAGGUCUAGCAUUCCAUGUGGUAGACCAGUCCAGGAGUCUGAAUUUGAUAGAGAAGAGGAAGAAAUAUUAGCACGGAGGAAGAGAGCUAAGACAAAACAAAUCGGUAUCGACCUAGUCGCCGGCGGCCGGAACAAGAAGACCAAGCGCACCGCGCCCAAGUCCGACGAUGUCUACCUCAAGCUCCUCGUCAAGCUGUACCGCUUCCUUGUUCGGAGGACCAAGAGCAACUUCAACGCUGUGAUCCUGAAGCGGCUCUUCAUGAGCAAGACCAACCGCCCGCCUCUCUCGCUCCGCCGCCUCGUCAACUUCAUGGAGGCCAAGGAGAACCAAAUUGCUGUGAUUGUGGGCACUGUGACCGACGACAAGAGGGUCUACGAGGUACCAGCAAUGAAGGUGGCUGCGCUUAGGUUCACUGAGACGGCAAGGGCCCGGAUUGUGAACGCGGGUGGCGAGUGCCUCACCUUUGACCAGCUUGCGCUGUGUGCCCCGCUGGGCCAGAACACGGUUCUGCUGAGGGGACCUAAGAAUGCUAGGGAAGCUGUGAAGCACUUUGGCCCUGCGCCUGGUGUGCCGCACAGCCACACAAAGCCUUAUGUGCGCUCCAAGGGAAGGAAGUUUGAGAAGGCAAGAGGAAGGAGGAACAGCAGAGGCUUCAAGGUCUAG